AUGGCAGCAGAUUUCGGAGUAAAUGUUGAUGAUGUCACUUAUAUCAUUGCGGAUUUUUAUCAAGUAGACGAUUCUGGAAAGUUUGCUCCGUCGCCAUGGGCAUUCUUCUCAGGAUUCAAUUUUCUAGUGAUGACAGUUGUCUCCCUCGUCGUAAUAUUCGUAUUCGGCAUCAAAUGCUACUAUGAAAUGACCCAUGUUAUUGUUCCUAAUCGUAACCACUCAAUAACUCAAAAACUUCUUCAAACUCAACUUUUCCGUGCUCUCGUCUUCCAAACUCUCAUCCCUCUCAUCAUAAUGUACCUUCCUCUUUUCGUUCUUUUCAUCUUCCCAAUGUUCAACAUCAACGUUGGAUUCGCUCACUAUGUGUCUAUUUCGAUUUCUCUUUAUCCUGCUCUCGAUGCUCUUCCCAAUCUUCUUUUCAUCCGAGACUAUCGAGAUUGCCUGUAUAAUUUCAUGAAAAAGCCAGAGACUCCGAAGAGUUUCGAGUUGUAUUCCGUAAGGAGAGGUAGUACAACUACCUCUAGUGCAAGAAAGAGUACGGUCAAUUUGGGACGAGUUGAUUUAGGUUGA